CCUCUGGAUUCACAGACAAGCACAGCUGCAAACUGAAAGCCAACUAUGUGGAUGAGAGUCUUCUUCACCUUUGUCUUCGUCUUCUCCAGCUGCCGGUCAGCUUCAGUGUUCCUGGACCCUGAUCGGGCCAAUGGCCUCCUGGACACGGACCGGGCCAACGUCGUCCAGGUCCGGACCCGGAGGUACAACUCGGGCUGGCUGGAGGAGCUGCAGGUGGGGGACCUGAAGAGGGAGUGUCUUGAGGAGCGGUGCUCCUAUGAGGAGGCCCGGGAGGUGUUUGAGCACGACCGGACCACGGCCGAGUUCUGGAGGACGUACAGCCUACCAGACGCCUGUUUGUCGAGUCCUUGUCAAAAUGGAGGAAGCUGCUCUGCUCAGGCUUCGUCCUACAGCUGCUUCUGCCUCCCUCGCUUCAGCGGACUGAACUGUGAGCUCGACUCCACGACGGUUCAUGAAAGUUGUCUCCUGGAGAACGGAGGCUGUGAUCAUUUCUGUGAGGAAGACGAGGGAGGACGAAGGCUGAAUUGCUCGUGUGCAGACGGCUACUUCCUGGAUGAGGACGGGAGGAGCUGCACAUCGACAGGACCGAUAGCCUGCGGAAUGGUUCCGGUUCUGAAGCAGAACCAAUUGGAGUCGCCGGACUCCCUGGCUCGGAUCGUCGGGGGGACAGAGUGCCCCAAAGGAGAAUGCCCCUGGCAGGUUCUACUGCUGCACAAAGGAAAAGCUUUCUGUGGAGGAGUGAUCUACAAACCCACCUGGAUCCUUACAGCCUCUCACUGCAUGGAGGACGUCGAGGUCCGCUUCCUGGAGGUGAUCGCAGGUGAGCACAACACAGAGGUGCUGGAGGGCACGGAGCAGCGCCUCCAGGUUUCCCAGGUCAUCACCCACCAGAACUACUCCAAGACCACGGUGGACCACGACGUGGCGCUCCUCCGCCUGGCGGGGCCGGUCCGGUACUCCACCUACGCCGUGCCGGCCUGCUUGCCCACCCGCCGGCUGGCGGAGCGCGAGUUGUGGGCGGUGGGCCUACACACGGUGAGCGGGUGGGGGCGCAUGUCGGAGAAGGGCCCCACCUCGGACUUGUUGCGCCGCCUGCGGGUUCCGAGGAUCCGGACCCAGCGAUGCCAGGAGGAGAGCGGCGUGCGGCUCACGCAGAACAUGUUCUGCGCCGGGUACAUCGAGGGCCGCCAGGACUCGUGCAAGGGAGACAGCGGCGGGCCCCUGGUGACCGAGUACCGGGGGACGUGGUUCCUGCUGGGCAUCGUCAGCUGGGGGAGGGGCUGCGCCCGGCCGGGCCAGUACGGCAUCUACACCCGGGUCUCCAACUACCUGGACUGGAUCCACAACCACACGGCCCACAUCGGAGAGGCUUCAGCACUCAACGGGACGGCCUGAAGUUAUAAUGUUAUUACGGCUUUAUUAUUAAUGUUAUUACGGCUUUAUUAUCGAUGUGAUGAAAUGAUUAUAUCCCUACUUACCCAAUUUCUCUGAAACCGAUAACAUGAAAAUAUGUUGGACAAUAAGAAACAUUUUCCCCAAA